AUGAGGCUGCUCGUUUUUCUUCUUACGGCCCUGUCCUGGGCAGACAUCGUCCUAGGACGGGCGGCUUUUGCCCAUUUCAUGCCUCGUCUCAUGCCUCUCAUCGUUCAGGUUGGAAACACAGAAAACUACUCGGCAGCCGAUUGGACCGACGAUAUUACACUGGCACAAGAGGCUCACAUUGAUGCCUUCGCUCUCAAUAUGGCCAAGGGAGAGCCAAUGAAUGAGAAGGCCAUCGCAAGCGCUUUUUCCCAUGCUGAGGCCUUAGGGUUUAAGCUCUUCUUCUCUUUCGACUAUGCUGGCCGAGGGCCCUACUCCAAAGCAGAGGUUAUUGGAUGGAUCACCAGAUAUGCCUCCAGCAGCGCGUACUUUAGGCACAACGGGAAGCCUCUUGUUUCCACCUUUGAGGGCCCUGAUCAGGCCGAAGACUGGAUCGAUAUCAAGGCCCAGACAGGGUGUUUCUUUGUGCCUGACUGGUCAUCCUUGGGUGCUGGUCCAGCUGUUCGCGCCGCCGGUGGCGUGGCUGACGGUCUUUUUAGCUGGGCUGGAUGGCCAUGGGGCUCCCAGGACAUGGACACCUAUGUCGACGCCUCAUACAUGGAAGCGCUGGGGGACAAACCAUACAUGAUGCCAGUGUCGCCAUGGUUUUAUACUAACUUGCCUGGUUAUAGUAAAAACUGGCUAUGGCGUGGCGACCAUCUGUGGUAUGAUCGCUGGCUUCAAGUUAACUUCCUUAUGCCUGAAUGGAUUCAGAUUAUUUCUUGGAACGACUACGGCGAAAGCCACCACAUUGGUCCCAUUCGCGAUCAUGCCCUGGUCGCCUUCGAUACUGGCAAAGCUCCCUACAAGUACUCGCUGGAUCACCAUGGCUGGCGUGCCUUUCUUCCGUAUUCUAUCGACCGUUACAAGAACAACAAAGCGGCCAUCACGAAGGAGGGUGUCUCUUUCUGGUACCGUCCUACGCCCAAGGGUGCUUGCAACUCCGGCGGAACAACUGGCAACACUGUCUCCCAGCUCCAGAUCGAGUUUCAGCCAACUGGCAUGGUUGAGGACUCGGUCUUUUACACAGUUCUCGUAACUUCUGAGGUAACAGUCAAGGUAACCAUCGGAGGCGUUCAGACCAAUGGCCAGUGGAGAGAUUUGCCUGACAGCAAAGUUGGUCUCUGGCAUGGUAGCUCACCGUUCAAUGGCCGAACCGGAGAGGUCCAGAUCACCGUCUGGCGCAAAGACGUUCUCAUUGCUGACCUCACUGGCCCGGCCAUCAAGAACGAUUGCCAUAACGGCAUGACGGGUUUUGACGCUUGGGCUGGAGGACGUUUGACCUCAACUGUCUCCAGACCUAUCAACAGCCCGUCUCUUGCCGAUGAGGUAUGCGUGAGAGGCACAGGUGCCAAGGGAUUCGACGUUCUCUGCCAAGCCACAUGCUACUGGGGAUACUGCCCGAGGAGCGCAUGCGUCUGCCAGCAGAUGGGUGCUCAGAGACCGCUGCCAAAGGAGGUGCCUGGCGAGGUCUAUCCGGCCGAAGGUUUGAACUCGAACUACAUCGGGCUCUGCAACUACGCCUGCCUCUAUGGUGCGUGCUAUGCGUCAUACUGCGGCAAGGACCCCCACCCUCUCAUCGAGCCUACCGUUUCCCCUUUCCGGCCCCCUUCCUGUAUUUCAGGUACCGGCCAAGGGGAAUGGGAGGUGCUGUGCGGCUUCACCUGCCGGCACGGCUUCUGCCCCAUUGCUAGGUGCACAUGCAAUGCCCAGGGUCCUCUCGACCUCCUCAACCCAACACAGGCAACAAAAGCCGUCAGUCGGACCGGCGAUGACCACGGCCUUUGCGGCUUUGCUUGCGCCAGAGGUUUCUGUCCUUCCGACAUUUGCAACAGCGGAAACGAUCCUGAGCAACAGACCGAUCCUGUCGACGAUUUUGAAAUCCCACAUUUGGACCAAGACUGCACGCGGUUCUCCGAUUGCGUCGAUUUGGACAACCCACAGGCAUCGUCUUGUGGAAAAGGCUACCGACGCCAGGGAUAUGACAAGGCGGGUUGCUCGGGCAACUCUGCGAGACCCAUCUGUUGCAAAGACUCGACUGUAUCUCCUGAUUCAUGUACAUGGAGAGGCAGUGGAGGAGACUGCAACGGCCAAUGCCACCAGGGCGAGGCUACGCUCUUCGAAUCGAACAGGGGCGGCUCUCCAGGCGAGAGCGGCGAUGGGCAGUGCAGUCGUGGAAAGAAGGUCUUCUGUUGUGAGCUUAAGACGUUCGGUACACUAACAGGCCAAUGUCGCUGGUCACCAUGCGGUUCCGGCUGUGACGAGGACGAGACUGAGACUGCGUCAGCGUAUGCAUUGAGCGAAUACUGCUCUAACGACUUCUUGAACAAGAAGGUGGGACAGAAGUUCUGCUGCAAGACUGAGGUGCCGCCUCUAGACAACUGCCACUGGGUCGGCCAAGGGGACUGCGCAGACAACAAUUGCAACAACAAGGAAGUCACUUUGAGAACCAACCCCAGUGGCGCCAAUUCAAACCAAUGCUUUUGGUCGAGGAAGAAGUCACUCUGCUGCACACCCAGCGAUAGGUUCUUCGAGAUUGCGUCAGAAGAUAGCUUUGAAGACGUGCUUUGCACCGAGAAAGACACCCGUCCAAGCUGUGAAGUGGAUGAGUGGGAUCAGCAGUUUAUUUCAGAUGAGGUGGAGGAGGAAGUAUGCAAAACCGACGAGAAAACCGAGCUCCGGAGGAGUUCUCACGAGAACAGCAUGCCUAUUCUGUGGCCUCUUCCUAUCGAGGAGAGAAUGAACGAGUUGGACAAGAGAGCCAAGAGAGAUCCAAUGAAAGUAACCUUCGAGGGUGCAAGAAUCGUCAUAUCUAUCGCAGCUAUGCUUCAUCCAAGUAUAGGCACUCUUUUCAGGGGCUCUGGAAGAGGUGGUACCCCUUCAAACUACGUUUUUCGAAUGGUCCAGAGGGGUAUCAGACCGGACGUCACAAGCGAGCACCGCACCGCCGCCGGACAACUCUCGGGAAGAUACGAAGCAGAGCACAACCCAGAUCUGCAGAUGAUGCGCGAUUUCACAAUCUUUGCGAUUGAUGGCACCUUGCCGCGCAGUGAAGAAAUCGUGAAUGAAGCUCGUAUCAGUGCUGAAGCUUUCCACAGAGUUUGGAACUCGGAUACAACGAACAUACAGUUCCCCACGGUCGGGUCAAGAACCUGCUACGCAAACCUCAACGACUACCUAAUGGAUCGAUUUGGGUCAACGCGCUACCCGAGGCCGUUAGUCGCCACCGAAAGCAAGUUGAAUCGGUGCAAGGGCAAGAUUUUCAAAUUCAACGAUCCCAUUGAGAAUGGCAGGCUGAGAGAAAUGAUUGCGGACGCGGUCACCGGCGACAAGGCAGCGACCGAUAAGCUGUUCGGAGAACUUCGAUUGCUCCCGGCACAGGUCAUUGGCACUUUCAACUACAUCAGGCAUCCUGACCUUCAACCCACCCUCAGGCAAACUAGACAAGAGCUGCGAGAGGCAAUGACGUUCAUCGGUCAGCAGUAUCCGUCACUCAGGUCACUACCGGACAUUUACGAGCGGUUCGAACCUCUUUGGUACGCAAGAGCAGCCAGCAUUAGUCGUGAAUGGUUAGAAGAGCGGCUCAACUGGAUCGAGAGGGAAGUUGACACACGCAUCGCUGCUGGUCGGCGGCCCCCAAAUGCGACCGUUAUCUUGGCCCGUGUGUUACUUCUCAGAAGUCGCCUAUCAGACAUGAAAGGCCCUCCGCCACUCUAA